AUGAGUUCUGAGAUUUAUGACUCCAUCAACAAAACCUCGUCUACUUCUAGUGAUGCCGCUAGUAGCAACGACGGUUCAGAAAAUGAUGUUGCAAAUUACCAAGGGUUCGACAAGAAGGUUGCAGAAGAAAUUAAAGACUUAGCCAGAACAUUAUCAAGAAGUUCGAAUUUGACCAGGCAAAAUUCCCACACCUCAUUUACUUCAGUGUUGAACUCUCCACCUGUUAUUCCUUUUGCAGAAGAUGAUUUAGACCCUCGAUUAGAUCCAAAUUCCGAUGAAUUCGAUUCCAAGCGUUGGGUUGUGAAUAUGGAAAAGUUGAUGAACUCUGACACAGAUUUUUACAAACCAUCGUCUUUGGGUGUCGCGUUCAAAAACCUUAGGGCUACCGGUACCGCUGUUGAUGCCGAUUAUCAAUCUGAUUUCGCCAACUUCAUUCCAAAGUUUACCAAGUUGGGGUUAGAUAAGUUUAUUUUGAGAAGAAAAGCUCCAACAUUCGACAUUUUGAAACCAAUGGAUGGUCUUUUGAAACCAGGUCAGUUGUGUGUUGUUUUGGGUAAACCAGGUGCUGGUUGCACAACUUUUUUGAAAUCUAUUGCAACUCAAACCUACGGGUUCAAAAUUUCUGACACCACCGAAAUUAUGUAUGACGGUAUUUCUGCCCAAGAAAUCCAUAAGCAUUACAGAGGUGAUGUUGUUUACUGUGCCGAAACUGAAAACCAUUUCCCAAAUUUACUGGUUGGUGAUACUUUGAAAUUCGCUGCGCUAAUGAGAACCCCUCAAAACAGACCUGAAGGUAUUACUAGAGACGAGUAUGCUCAACAUAUGACUGACGUUUUUAUGGCCACUUACGGUUUGAGCCACACUAAAAACACCAGAGUGGGUAAUGAUUUCAUCCGUGGUGUUUCUGGUGGUGAAAGAAAAAGAGUUUCUAUUUGCGAAGUUGCUUUAUCUGGUGCCAAGGUCCAAUGUUGGGAUAAUUCUACCAGAGGUUUAGAUUCUGCCACCGCGUUGGAGUUUGUCAAGGCAUUGAAAACUGCUGCUGUCGUACAAAAUAGAACUCCGAUGGUCGCUAUCUAUCAAUGUUCUCAAGCUGCUUAUGAUAUUUUUGAUACUGUUCAAUUAUUGUACGAAGGUUAUCAAAUCUACUUUGGUGAUGCCAAAAAAGCAAAGGAAUAUUUCCUUGCUAUGGGUUACGAAUGUCCUCCAAGACAGACCACUGCAGACUUUUUGACCUCUGUUACUUCUCCAUCAGAACGUAUUGUGAGAAAAGGCAUGGAAGGCACUGUGCCAAACACUCCAAAAGAGAUGUAUGACUAUUGGAUGAGCUCUCCUGAAUACACACAAUUGUUGAAAGAAAUUGAUGACUACAAGAACCUAAUCCAAGAUGGUCAGAAAGCAAAUGCCUUUAAGGAGUCUCACAACGCACGUCAAUCGAAAAGAGCCAGACCUUCUUCCCCUUACACACUCUCAUAUCCUCAACAAAUCAAAUACAUCAUGGAUAGAAACUGGCUCAGAACCAAGGGUGAUCCUUCCAUUACUAUAUUCACUAUCUUUGCUCAAUCCAUUAUGGCAUUGAUUAUCUCUUCAGUUUUUUAUAAUCUUAGGUCUGACACUAACAGUUUCUACUUAAGAACCGCAUCCCUUUUCUUUGCUGUUUUGUUCAAUGCGUUUGGGUCUCUUCUUGAAAUUUUCUCUUUGUUCGAAGCUCGUCCAAUUAUUGAAAAGCACAAAACUUAUGGUCUUUACCAUCCUUCUGCUGAUGCUUUGGCGUCCAUUAUAACAGAAUUACCUACAAAAAUUUUCAUUUCUUUGGCGUUCAACUUGGUGUUUUACUUUAUGGUUAAUCUUAGACGUACUCCAGGCCAUUUCUUCUUUUAUUUGCUUGUGAAUUUCACUGCUAGUUUAUCCAUGUCUCAUAUUUUCAGAACAGUGGGUUCUGCUUCCAGUUCUUUGUCUGCCUCCAUGACUCCUGCUUCUAUUCUUUUGUUGGUUUUCAUUAUUUACACCGGUUUUGUCAUCCCUGUCCCUGAUUUGCUUGGUUGGUCUAGAUGGAUCCAUUAUCUUAACCCAAUUCAAUAUGCAUUCGAGGCCUUGGUUGCUAAUGAAUUCCAUGACAGAGAUUUUGACUGUGCUCAAUAUGUUCCAUCAGGAAAUGGGUACCCAAAAUCCGGGGAAAAUGUGAUCUGUACUCCUGUUUCCUCCAAACCUGGUCAAACUUUCGUUAACGGUGAUGCUUACAUCAACUCAUUAUUCCACUAUUUCUGGGCUCAUAGAUGGAGAAAUUGGGGUAUCGUGGUGGGUUUCGCCGUGUUUUUCCUUGGUGUUUACCUCCUCUUAUGUGAAUACAGUAGAGCCUCUAUGCAAAAGGGGGAAAUCUUGCUUUUUCAAAAGAAAUCUUUGAAGAAAUCAAAGACCCAAAAGAUUAAAGAUGACAUUGAAGCUGGCCCAAUUGAGAAAAUUAGAAUUGAAGAUGAAGCUGCUGAGAAAGUAUCGUCAUCUGACUCCUCUUCUAAAAAAUCUCACAAAAAUGUUUUCCAUUGGAAGGACUUGACUUACCAAGUGAAAAUCAAAUCAGAAGAUCGUGUUAUUUUGGAUCAUGUUGCUGGCUUUGUUAAACCAGGUACUGUCACUGCUUUGAUGGGUGCUUCUGGUGCUGGUAAAACUACUUUGUUGAAUGCUUUAUCUGAUCGUUUGACAAGCGGUGUUAUUACAGAGGGAAAGAGAAUGGUUAAUGGACGCCAAUUGGAUAAGUCUUUUCAAAGAUCCAUUGGUUAUGUUCAACAGCAAGAUUUGCACUUGGAAGUUUCCACCGUCCGUGAAGCGUUGCUUUUUUCUGCCGAAUUGCGUCAACCAGCUAGUGUUCCAAAAGAAGAGAAGGUUGCUUAUGUCGAAGAGGUGAUUGAUUUACUUGAAAUGAGACCUUAUGCUGGAGCUGUCGUUGGUGUUGCUGGUGAAGGCUUGAAUGUUGAACAAAGAAAGAGAUUGACUAUUGGUGUUGAAUUGGCAGCCAAACCUGAAUUACUUGUUUUUCUUGAUGAGCCAACCUCUGGUCUUGAUUCCCAAACCGCUUGGUCUAUUUGUCAGUUGAUUAGAAAGUUAGCCAACCAUGGGCAUGCUAUUUUGUGUACUAUCCAUCAACCUUCAGCCAUUUUGAUGCAAGAAUUUGAUAGAUUAUUGUUUUUGCAAAGAGGCGGUAGAACUGUUUAUUUCGGUGAAUUAGGUGAAGGUUGUCAUACUAUGAUUGACUACUUUGAGAAAUAUGGUGCUUCAAAAUGUCCUCCAGAUGCCAAUCCUGCUGAAUGGAUGCUUGAAGUUAUUGGUGCUGCUCCUGGAUCCCACGCCAACCAAGAUUAUCACGAUGUUUGGAAAAACUCUAGUGAAUUCAAGGACCUUCAUAUCGAAUUAGAUAACAUGGAAGCUGAAUUAUCUCAAUUGCCAGUUGACGAGGACCCUGAAAAGUACAAGAACUAUGCUGCAAGUCUCUGGAAGCAAUAUUUGUUAGUUACUGAGAGAGUCUUCCAACAGACAUGGAGAACUCCUAGUUAUAUUUAUUCCAAGUUGUUGAUGACUGUGGCUUCUUCUUUGUUCAACGGUUUCACUUUCUUCAUGGCCAAGAAAUCUUUGCAAGGAUUGCAAUCGCAAAUGUUUGCCAUUUUCAUGUUCAUUACUGUGUUUAAUUGUUUGGUUCAACAGUACUUGCCAAAUUUUGUUGCUCAACGUGAUUUGUACGAAGCUAGAGAAAGACCAUCAAAAACCUUUUCUUGGGUUGCUUUCAUUUCUGCCCAAAUCACCUCAGAAAUCCCAUGGCAAAUUUUCGCUGGUACCUUGGCUUUCUUCUGUUGGUACUAUCCAGUUGGUUUACAACAUAAUGCUGCAUUUGCUGGUGAUCUCCAUGGCCGUAGUGUGAUGAUGUGGGUUGUUGUUGUUCUCUUCUAUGUUUAUACUUCUACCAUUGCUCAAUUGGUCAUCUCAUUCAAUGAGCUUGCUGCGAACGCUGCCAACCUUGCCUCGAUGUUGUUCACAAUGUGUUUGAUUUUCUGUGGGGUUAUGUCUCCUCCAAACGUUAUGCCAGGAUUCUGGAUUUUCAUGUACAGAUGUAACCCAAUGACCUAUGUUAUAGAUGCGAUGUUGUCACUUGCUAUUGCUGACAAUGAAGUGACGUGUGCUGCCAAUGAGUAUUUGAAUUUCCCACCUCCUGAAGGAAUGUCAUGCUACCAAUACAUGGAACCAUACAUUCAAAGCUCUGGUGGCUAUUUGAUGUCUUCGACCAUGAAUUCUACUACUGAUUGCUCUUUUUGUACUGUUUCGAAAACCAACACUUAUCUUUCUCAAUUACAAAUUGAUCCAAGUAAAACUGGACGCAAUGUUGGUAUUUUCUCUGCGUUUAUCUUUAUUAACAUGAUUGGUACAGUGUUUUUCUAUUGGUUGUCUAGGGUUCCAAAGGGCUCUGGAAAAAGAUCAUCUUAA